AUGGCCUCCGCGGCCCGCAUUUCCCUCUUCACACUCUUCUUCCUCUACACUCUCACCACCGCCAUAGCCAACAAGCAGACUUACAUCGUCCACAUCAAACCCAACUCCAAGCCCCAAUCCUUCGCCACACACCAAGACUGGUACUCCUCCUCUCUCGCCGCCGACGACUCCCUCCUCUACACCUACGACGCCGCAUUACACGGAUUCGCCGCCUCCCUCGACCCCGAGCAGGCCGACGCGCUCCGGAACUCCGAUUACGUCGUCGAUGUCUACGAGGAGACCGUCUACACCCUCCACACCACCCGCACCCCUCAGUUCCUCGGCCUCAAUAACGACUUCGACCUGUUCGACGGCAACCACCGGCCUCUCGACGUCGACCAGGCCUCCUUCGACGUCGUCGUCGGCGUCCUCGACACCGGAGUCUGGCCGGAGUCCAAGAGCUACGACGACUCAGGGAUGCCCGAGAUCCCGGCCCGAUGGAAAGGGGAGUGCGAAUCGGGACCCGAUUUCAGCCCCAAACUCUGCAACAAGAAGCUGAUUGGCGCCCGUUACUUCUCCAAGGGCUACCACAUGGCCGCCGGGGGAAGCUUCGGGAAGCAGCCUACUAAAAAGGAGGAAGAAUCGCCCCGGGACAGUGACGGCCACGGCACCCACACCUCCAGCACCGCCGCGGGAUCUAUGGUGGCCAACGCUAGUCUUCUAGGGUACGCCAGCGGCAACGCGCGUGGGAUGGCCACGCACGCGCGCGUCGCGGCUUACAAGGUGUGCUGGAGCACCGGCUGCUUCGGAUCGGACAUCCUCGCCGGGAUGGAUCGCGCGAUUCACGACGGCGUCGACGUGCUGUCGCUCUCCCUCGGCGGCGGAUCGGGGCCGUACUACCGCGACACCAUUGCGAUUGGGGCGUUCAGCGCGAUGGAGAGGGGCAUUUUGGUCUCCUGCUCUGCCGGUAACAGCGGGCCCACAAGGGCCAGCCUGGCGAACGUGGCGCCGUGGAUCUUGACGGUCGGGGCCGGUACUCUCGACCGGGACUUCCCGGCUUUUGCCGCUCUGGGCAACGGGAAGCGGUUCACCGGGGUGUCGCUUUACAGCGGGGCCGGGAUGGGUAAGAAACCGGUCGGUUUGGUUUACAGCAAAGGAACCAACAGUUCGAGCAAUCUGUGCCUGCCCGGUUCGCUCCAACCGGAAUUGGUCAAGGGCAAAGUGGUCCUUUGCGACAGGGGAAUCAACCCGCGCGUGGAGAAAGGCGCAGUCGUGCGCGAGGCCGGCGGCAUCGGUAUGAUCAUGGCGAACACCGCGGCCAGCGGCGAGGAAUUGGUCGCCGACAGCCACCUGCUGCCGGCGGUGGCCGUUGGGAGGAAAUUGGGCGACGUGAUCAGGCUGUACGCCAAGAGCGAUCCGAACCCGACCGCGGUGUUGAGCUUCGGCGGGACGCAGCUGAACGUGAGGCCGUCGCCGGUCGUGGCGGCGUUCAGCUCCCGCGGCCCGAACAUGGUAACGGCGCAGAUCUUGAAGCCGGAUCUGAUCGGGCCGGGAGUCAACAUCUUAGCGGCAUGGUCGGAGGCGAUUGGGCCCACUGGGCUCGAGAAGGACUCUAGAAAGACGCAAUUCAACAUCAUGUCAGGUACAUCAAUGUCCUGCCCGCAUCUCAGUGGCGUGGCUGCGCUGCUGAAAGCUGCUCACCCGACCUGGAGCCCGAGCGCGAUCAAGUCGGCACUCAUGACAACCUCCUACGUUGUUGACAACACCAACGCCCCUCUCAAGGACGCCGCCGACGGUUCCUUCUCGACUCCCUGGGCUCACGGGUCAGGCCACGUCGAUCCACACAAGGCCCUAUCUCCGGGCCUCGUGUACGACAUCUCCACGGACGAGUACAUCGCGUUCCUGUGCUCCCUCGGCUACACCCUCGACCGCGUCCAGGCAGUCGUGAAGCGCCCCAACGUCACCUGCGCAACCAAGUUCAAGGACCCCGGGAGCCUCAACUACCCGUCUUUCUCCGUCGUGUUCGCCCGCACCAGGGUCAUCAGGUACACUCGUGUGCUCACCAAUGUGGGUGCCGCGGGGUCCUCGUACGAGGUCGAGGUAACCACGCCUCGAUCCGUGACCGCGACGGUGAAGCCGACCAAGCUCGUUUUCAAGAAUGUUGGGGACAAGUUGAGGUACACUGUGACUUUUGUGUCCAAGAGCAGGGGAGGGAACGCUAUGUCUGACUUCGGUUCGAUAGUGUGGAGGAAUGAGCUGCAUCAUGUGAGGAGCCCAGUUGCGUUUUCGUGGUCCGAGUUAUAA